AUGGCGCAGAUCUACCAGGUGGACCAUUUUACUUAUGCUGCCCAGAGAAGAUUAUCUGGGACAUAUCAAAAGGGCCAUCGAAGACUCCUGCUUAACAACGGUUUCGCUCUUUCUCCGCAUCGAGGUGCGUGCGUUCGCUUCUCCUUCACCAUAUCUUCCCACAAGACUUUCAGGAUCAAGAGGUUCCUGGCCAAGAAACAAAAGCAGAAUCAGCCCAUUCCCCAAUGGAUUCAGAUGAAAACUGGCAAUAAAAUCAGGUACAACUCGAAGAGGAGACAUUGGAGAAGAACCAAACUGGGCCUAUGAGAAAUCACACAUGAGAGUUGACUCACAUAUUUAUGCGGUAUCCAGGUUGCCUACACCUUUAAAUGAUUGAAAAGAUGCUACUGUCUGUACAGUUGGGGCAUUUUAAUUGGAAAAUUAAUGGACUUGUGAUUUUGCUCU